AUGUGGUACUGUUCAGAUUCGCUAGCUGGUUGUUCGAGUUUUAUAGGUGGUUGUCAAGCAGAAUAUGUGCGUGUCCCAUUUGCUGAUGUCAAUACAUUGAAAAUUAGUACGGAUAUCGAAGAUGAAAAAGUGUUAUUUUUAUCUGAUAUUGUUUGUAGCAGUUGGCAUGCAACAGCGGUAGGUAACGUUGAAGAUGGAAAAACAGUUGCUGUUUGGGGCUGUGGAGGUCCCGAUAUUUGUAUUGUUGCGAUAGACUUUCAGUUUGUCAAAGGUCGUAGUGAUGCAUUAAAACGUGCUGUUCAGUUGGAAACUGAUAUUCCCGAAAUAUUGAGAGAAGCAUUGGAAAAUGGUGCUGAUGCUUAUAAACUGUUAGAUGAAAAUCCGAAUCAUGUAAUUAAAUUAUUAUUGAAAACAAACCGGGCGCAAUGGCUAUCAUCAUCUACCAGACUGAGUGCUGUGAACGCAUUAUAUCAUAAAAUUGUCUAUGAAAAUCUAAUUGGUGAAUCUGCUGACACAUUUAAGUGUAAAUUAUGUGCUGCUAAUACAAAAGCCUAUUGA